AUGGAAUACGCUUGGGGCAUAGCAGCCAGCAAGACGCCGUUUCCGGCCGAGUUUGCAGCGGCGGCGAGGUCAAAGCCAAAGGGCGACGUCUCCUCGUCGCUGCCGCAGCCGCCGCCGCCGCCGUCAAAGACGACGACCUCGACCUCAGCCUCCGUCUCUGCCUCUGCCUCUGCCUCUGCCUCUGCCUCUUCGACCAAGGCCCCGCGAGCUGCUCCUCCCAGCCCGCCCCUGCCGUCGUCGUCCAGGUCGAGCUCCACCCGGCCGAAUCGCCUGCGGAUUCCUGGCCACUCCAGACCAAGCAGCUCCUCCAGCCCCAGAUCCGGAUCCAGGGAUCAGGGCUGCGCAGACUCAGAGGCAUUGAUGAGUCCGGACUCGCUCUCGCCCUCGACAGGCCUCCUCGCACACGAGCUCCUCUCGCGCGUCUCGUCACAUCCUUCUACCCCGUCUGCCCCGUCUGCACUGACACACGACGACCGACGCCGCCCCGCCAGUGCAACUCUCAGUAGCCAUCUCCAUCGCAGUCGCAGCCGAAGUGGUCGCAGUGGCCGCAGCAGUAGCACCACUGGCACUGCAACCAACACCACCAAUACCACUCCCAGGGCCCAGCAGCAGAGACCCUCAUCUACCUCGGCGGCUGUUGGCUCCGCCAGGGCCACCAACUCGGCCGCCACCUCCUCGUCCCUGACCUUCCACGACAAGCAGCUGCCCGCCCUCCCGAACGAGGCGUCCACGUCGUCCUCGUCUUCGUCUCCACGGCGAGCAGAGGCCUGGGACGCCAUUGACGAAUAUGGUGACCGUGUCUCCACGUCCUCGGGGCCUCUGUUGAGCCGUGCUUCCACCAACAACAACACCCUGUCAUACACAGACGGAGGAUCCCAUCGGGACCGGGACUGGCAGGGGGACCACAACAACGCUGCCGCCUCGGCUACGGCUCCUCUCCUGUCAGCAAUAACGUCAGGCCCUCCUUCAACGCAGCAUCGCAGACCCCCCUCCUUGAAGCCCAGCAGCUCCACCGCGGUGUGUGACAAUUCCAAGAAAUCUAGGAGCCCCCUUUCCUUCUCCCGGAGCCGCGCACAACACCAACACCAAUCCCACCACAACCAAUCCCACCUCCACCACCACCAACCCAACAACCCCGACAGCGGUGCCAGCCACAGAUUGGUGCAAAAUCACGAGCUGAGCAGCCGCAAGCCACUGAGCACAGCCUGGGCCAAUGCGGCAUCUCCCUCGCCCUCGCCCUCGACCUCGACCUCGACCGACCCCCCUGCCCGCAAGCGUGACCGGAGACAGUCCAAUCAUGCCACCAUGGUCGGGACAGAGAGCAUCAUCUCCUCCUCUCGCACCGAAAGCGUGGCCGAGUCCAUCGGCGGCCGCACCAUAAUGUCCAGCGAGCCGCCCUACAGAGAAGGAGACGGCUCGUCGACCAAGUCGCUGUUCCGCCCCAGCAGGCCCUAUGUCACCAAGAGCAAUGGCCGCACCUACCUCGCCGACCCGACCCUGGCCUACCCCCUGCCCGUCGACCUCCACGAGAUGCACCGCCAGUCCCUCCGCACGCUGCUCCUCUUCCAGCUCUUCGGCGGCCCGCUGUGCUCGCCCUUCUUCAACAACAAGCCGCCCACGCGCGUGCUCGACGUCGGCUGCUCCUACGGCUUCUGGAGCAUGAUGUGCCACUCGUACUACUCGCGCAAGGGCUUCCCCAACGUCCAGUUCACCGGCCUGGACAUCGCGGCGCUGGGCGGCAUCGCGGGCACGCCGCACGCCACGGGCCACGGCCCCAAGGACCGGCUGUCGCCGGGCCCGGCCUCGACGUCGGCGUCGGCGUCCCACUGGGCGGAGCAGCCACCAGACAAGAACAUGCGGUGGAACUUUGUGCAGCACGACCUGCGGCAGCUGCCGCUGCCCUUCGCCGAGGGCGAGUUCGACGUCAUCAUGUGCAAGGACAUGUCCAUGGCCGUGCACACGGACCACUUCCCGCUCAUCAUCGACGACUUCAUGCGCAUCCUCAAGCCCGGCGGCGCCCUCGAGAUCUGGGAGUGCGACCACCCCAUCCGCAUGCUGCGGCCCCACGUGCCCGACACGCCCGCCACGGGGCCCGGCGCGGCGCCACCGCCGACGCCGAACCCGGACGACUCCUCAGCCGAAGAUGGCGGCGCGGCAGACAAGCCCGCCGCCGAGGACGCCGCCAGCACGCCCAGCACGCCCGCAACAGCGACCGCGACCUCCAGCAAGAAGGCCGACUACGAGAAGGAGGUGGCGGAGCUCGGGGCGUACGUGAUCAACAACAACACGCCGCUGUCGGGCCCGCAGAACAACUACCUGAUCGAGUACAACGGGUGGGUGAACAAGUACAUGGACGCGCACCGGCUGCUGGCGUUCCCGUGCGCCAACGUCGGCGCCCUGAUGGUGCAGGAGCCGCUGCUGACCAACCAGGGCUCGAAACGGCUGGCCGUGCCGCUGUCCGAGGUGCGCUGGGAGCGCGAGGGCGUCGGCGGCGUCGUCACCAAGGACGGCAAGAGCUACAUCGACACCACCAAGGCCAUCGGCAAGGCGGCGGCCGCCGGCGGCGGCGUCGGCGGGAAGCGCGGGUCGAGCGCCGGCGUCGGCGACGGGGAGGACGGGGCGGGCAGCAAGAAGGGCAAGGCGCUCAGCGCGGGCCAGCUCGCGCUGCGGCAGGCCGCGCUGCAGACGGUGGUGCAGUUCAUCGAGGGCCUGGAGCCGGCGCUGCGCGAUGUCAGCGGCAAGAAGCCCGACGAGUGGGACACGUGGAUGGGCAAGCUCAUGAAGGAGCUCAUCGAGCGCGACGGCACCAGCUGCGGCGAGUGCCUCGAGGUCGGCGCCUGGUGGGCCCGAAAGGUGCAGGACCCUUGA